CCAGUUGCACUAAUCGCAGUGCACAGUCCAGCAUAGAGAGCCUUUCUUCGAAUGAGAUGCCAGUGCGCUGUGAAAAGGUGGACACCUACUGGCUAACCGAGAGUUCGAAGACUCCUGUGGUCAUCUAUGAGCUUUGCAACUUCACUUCGAGGCCUUGCAUCCAGGCUAGUCGUGGACCGUGGCUGCUGGCAGUCCAUUUUGCAGCAGUCCUUGGACUAGAUGUGCGUUUAACAGCCGCCAAUGCAAACAAGCUUAUAGGCCUCCAGCCUCUGUCACACUUUGCGCCGUACCGAAUCGGAGCAGACGGACGAGAUGAUGUUGUUGCUGAGCGCUCGUUGGGCCUGUGCAAAUACUUGGACCAUGUUUUGAAGGUCACAGAGAGUCCAGCACCCAAGGAGCUGGUCUCAAUAGUGGAUGACUUCGUGUCUGUGUACUGGACAGGCAACAUCCAGCGCACUUUGCGAUCAGCAAUACCUUCUCCAGCUUUCGAGGCUUGCGCGGAGAGGAGUCAGGCGAGUCAAGAUGGAGCAAUCUCUGAUUUCUCAGGCAGAGUGAGACCUGGGCAGAUGAUGCUAGAUACACCCUCACCGCCGCCGAAAGCAAAUUUGAGGCUGAGAUCGCUGCAGGCUCCUUUGGGCGCUGCUCCUGCUGCUCGGGCCCACGCCAAGUUCUUCUUGGAAGCGGUCCCCCCCGCAGAGGCUGGGCGUGACUCCUGUUGGCUUUGCAGGCGCCGCCUCAAGCAAACUGAGACUGGUUGCGUAAGGCAAAGCUUGUAGCGCAGUGGAAUUUUCAUUUGUAAGCAAACAGUUCCGUUCAAAAGAACUUUCAAAAGAGGAUGGGCGGGGCUGUGGAGUGGGACAUCGCGCGCCACUUAUUUUGCAAACACUUGCAAGCCUGCGUAUUUAAGGCUGCGAACGUGCGGACAUGAACUACACGCCUCUUGUUUCAACGCUUUGAUGAGUGGCUGUGAUAAGUUCCCAGGAGUGUCAAGGCUGGCGCUCACGGAGAAUUGUUUUUGAGUUCAUUCAAUUCAAUGUCACGUAACGACGUUGUAUGGCGUUUAGUUCUGUGUGAGGACAGCUUGCCCAAAGUGCGGCGAGUCUUGGAACAGGCCGCAGUUGUCUACAUUGACCCAGCUCUGCAACCCAACAGCGGGCAACGAUUCAAUUGACGAUUGGAACUGUUCAAACACCCCGACUACGUGUUGCUGAAGCUCCAAUGGCUAGUUACGCAAAUUUGCCGCGCGCCCUGCAAGUGCAACGGCGUGGAGACUUCCUGCUAGGUAUCCGCAACUGCCUGCGCCUAGCGCGGACUGAGUGCUUUUCAACGGAGCCGCAAGGCACACCGCAAGCCCGGCGCAUAGACCCUGCGGCCUGCGCAUAGAUUUGAUGGCUGCGUCGCAGCAGCCAGCGCAGAAACGUCUCGCAACUGCCUGCGGCGCACAACAUUUUGCACGAUGCGCGCAAAGACUGCUUCGUAAAAGGCGCGCUACAAGUUCAAAAGCUGUUGCGGGCGCUGCUGGGCCCGCGCAACUGCAUGUUGAACAUUUUCUGUAGUUUUUAGCGUGGAAAGUGGAGGCAGGAGGAACGCUGCAAAGAGAGUGCUUCGUAGUGGCGACAAAUGGCCCACUAGAAGGAAACAAGCUGCAUGUUUGGUGGCAUUGCUGCGCGUCUGGUGAAUUUUCAUUCGCGCGUAACAGGAUGAUGGCCCACGGUCGAGCGGAAAGCGCACCACAAGCGCAUAAGCUGUUGCCGACUCAGAACGUCCUGCUAGGCAUGCGGUAUGCGCAGCUGCCUGUGGCCUAGCUGCCCCCACAACUUGCUUUGCGCUUCGCAGGCAGAUUGCUUCGCGCCGGCGACGGGAACGAAAAAGCUGCUAAUUCCUGCGGCAAAGAUGCGCGUAGAACGCUGCAAGUGCAAGAGCUGGCGCGGGCGACGAAACAUCCUU